GAUUUUAUGUCAAAAUAAUGUGUCAGACACCGAAAUUUUAGAAAUUGUUUUGCAAUUUAAUUUAUGUUUUAUAAGUACGGUACAUAAUAAAAUUGAUACUUUAAAGAAAAAUGUUUAAACUAAUUAACGGACGACAUGGCCUGCGGAGUGGAGUUGUGAGAAUGUUGAUUGGAAAGAAUGUUGAGGUUAGGAAUACAAGACAAAACAUUUUACUCUUUUCGGCUCCGGCAUCAGUUCGCUUUGCUUCCACUGAAGCUGAAAUCGGCAAGGCGACGAUACUCGACAAAAUACCGGAACCGCCUCCGCUUCCGGACACGAAAACACUUGCAGAUCUGUCAGAAACAGUGCAGUCUUUAGCGGCUAAUGGAGAACCUACAUUCGCUAGCUUAGGACUCGGAGGAUGGGGCCCUGUCGGUAUAAUACAGAACUGUUUCGAAUACCUGCACGUGACGAUGGACAUACCUUGGUGGGGUACAAUUCUUAUCGGAACAGUAGUCGUAAGAGUGCUCAUGUUCCCCUUAGUUGUUCUAUCACAGAAAAACGCAGCUAAUAUGAACAACAAUUUACCUGAAAUGCAGAUGCUUCAGAUGAAAAUGACACAAGCCAGACAAACUGGAAACCAGUUGGAAUCAGCCCGUUACGCACAGGAGAUGAUGUUUUUCAUGAAGGAAAAGGGAUUGAAUCCUUUGAAAAACAUGAUUGUGCCUUUGGCUCAGGCACCCCUGUUCAUCUCUUUCUUCAUAGGAUUAAGAGGCAUGGCAAAUUGUCCAGUCGAGAGUAUGGCAACUGGAGGACUAUGGUGGUUUACCGACCUGACAGUUCCUGACCAGUACUUCUUGUUACCCAUCCUAACUAGUAUUACAAUGUGGGCUACGAUUGAACUAGGAGUUGAUAGUGGACGUCUGAACGCAGGAAAUAUGCAGAUGAUGAGAUACUUCUUACGGGCAAUUCCCCUAAUCAUGUUACCAUUCACAAUCAACUUCCCAGGAGCCAUCCUUGUGUACUGGUGCUCAACAAACUUCAUAUCAUUGUGCCAGGUCGGAGUUCUAAAGAUACCUGCGGUGAGAGAUGCACUGAAAAUUCCAAAGCUGGUAACUCACAAUCCGGAGAAUUUACCAAUGAAAAAGAAGGGAUUUGUAGAAGGAGCAAAGGAGUCAUGGACUAACAUGAAGUUGUCAAGAGAUUUAGCGGACAGACAAAGGAUAGAUGAAAUGAUAUUCACAAAAGCGGGCAAGGGACCCAUACAGAAGACGUUCAAAUAUGAUCCAACAAAACUGAGAAACAUAGAAGCAAAAUCAAAAUAGUUUAUGAUAGUUAAGGCUUAGUUUAGUAAUUGUUAAUUAUGUAAUAAAAUUGUGAAUAUUUAA